AUGAAGUUUACCUCUUCUAUCUCCUUCCUCUUGGGAUGUUUGACAGCAUCUGCUGCAGUCAUUGACAAGAGAACCACCAGCUCAUUCCACUUGUAUGCUUACGGUAAAGGUAUUGGUGGACUACCAGUAUACUACUCUGAUGGAAAUGCAUUUGUGGGUAGCAAAUUUCCAUCCGGAUCCAAUGUUAACACAAAUAUCACAUUCGCACCGAGCUCAUCCAGUGAAUGGGCCAUCACACCAACCGCUGGCAAUGUUACUCUCGCCAAUACCACAUCUCCAGUACUAUUCAUCGACCCGUCUGCCACAGCUCUAACAAACGUUGGAUUUACCGGAUCCGCUUCAUCGAAUGGCACGACUAAAGGUUUCAUGUCAUUCGGUAACUGGGCUAUGUGGAAGAACCCAAGCACGUCGAAGAUCGUUUCCAACUUCUAUGCGACCCCGGUGUCGGAUGGUGUCUGGCAAUUGAAAUGGAAUGCGCAAGAGAUUGACGAUGGAUCGAGUGUUAGUGUGGCUGUUAGGAAGGUGGCUCCUAGUACGAAGUAG